AUGGUCGCGCCUGGGAUCAUGGUACCGAUCCUCGCGCCGAUCGCGCCAGUCGCGCUCGCGCUCGCCUCUGCUCCGACGGUCGUCGUAACCGCGCCGCUCGUCAUGCCGCCCGUCAUGAUGCGGCCGUUGCUCGCCUUCCCAACGCUCAUUGCGCCGUCGCAGCUCAUCCCGCCGCGGCUCAUCGCGCGAUCGCGACCGCCGUCGCGACUCGCCCCGCCAUCGCCACUCUUCGCGUCCCCACUCGUCGCGCCGUUGCUCAACACGCCAGCGACGCUCCUCGGUACCCAUCCCGACCACGCGAAGCAGCCCGAACCCAACAAGAACACAGCCGAGGCCUGGAGGCGCCAACAGAACACGCCCAUUCAGGAGUCCGCCGAAGCCGCCGUGCCGCUCGUGGCGCCAGCAGCUGAGCCGAUCGCUAUGGACACGGCCAGUCUGGCGCACCUUCUCUAUGUCGUCGGCUCCAUGUGCCUCGGCGUCGGCCUUUGCGUCCUCGGCGUGCUUUGCUUCUUCUUGCCGCACACCGCCGCCGAGAUGUACGGCCUCCCGCUGCAGGCGGAGUGCUCCGCCCCGGCGCGCCAGGACGAGGCGUGGGUGCUGGCGACUGGCUUCCGCGACCUCUUCCUCGGAAUCAUAACGCUUGCGCUCUACCUCACACAGCCGCAGGCGAUGCGUGUCUACACGUCUUGCCUCGUGCCGCUGCCGCUGGCGGACGCGCUCCUCGCCCUGGCCUACCAGGCAGAGCCUCUCGCCGUGGCGACUCACCUCGGCGGCACAUUCGGAGUGCUGGUCUUAGCGAUCGCGGCGCGGUGCGACCCGGCGCUGGAUUCCGCGGGCAAGGGCCGAUCCGCGUGA